AUGAGCAUGCGAGCAAUCUUGACAGCCAAAUUAUGUACCAAUCUAAAUUGUUUGGAGAACAUGGACGGGUCAGAAGUUAUGCAUCGUUUGUGGAAUCGGGAUCUUGCUGCUGUCCUGAACUUCCGACAUAUACUUAAAAAUCUGAGAUAUGAUGGGACUAUACCUGUAAGGUUCACCCGCGUUAUUCGGAUUGGAUGUAUCAGAAGACAAGCAGAAGAAGAUCUCCAGGAGGGUCGUCGUUUGAGACAAAGACUGACUAGACUUCAAAGAAGAUGA